ACAUUUUCCCCCCAUCUUUUCAUUUGCACGGUUUGGUUUUGCGUAAUUAAUACUGGAACGAGAAAAGAAAAAGAAUUCAAUUUGCAAUUUAAAAAUUCUCUAUUAAAAUCAAUAUCAUUGUGUUAAGUUGUAGUUUCGAACAAUAGUACGUAUCCAUCCGUAUUUAAAUUUGAAGUGAAUUAGCUGUGGAAAAAAGGAAAUCCUUAACUUAGUUCUCUGAACAAAAUAACCAACAUAAGUUGGUUAUUAAAAUUACGACGAGUAUGAAAAAACGCACCAGUGCGCGUACGCCGGGCAGUGGCGCCGAAGACGACCAGCAUGACACCACCACUCCGGAUACAAAACCAGGAGGAGCUGGAGAAUCGGCAUCGUCACCGAAAGCGUCAUCGGCAACUCCUCCAGCAUCCUCCCAACAGGAAUCAUCAAAGACUAACACAGCACCACAAACCCAUUCAACUCGGUCCACAAAUCGAGACAACAUCACCGAUACCUUUGUGAUCGUCAACGAGCGUCCAGUCGAUGAUAUUUCCUUGGAUUUCUUCUACAAACCGCAUACCAUAACCUUGUUCGCAGUCUCGGUUAUCAGCGUUAUGUACUUUGCCUUUGUCAGGGACGAGGCAAAUUUCGAGGAUAACAUCUGGGCUGGCAUGCUAUGCGUUAUAUUCUUCUUCCUCAUCAUCUCAGUGCUAGCAUUCCCAAAUGGACCAUUCACACGACCGCAUCCGGCAGUAUGGCGAAUACUUUUUGGAUGUUCGGUGCUCUAUCUAUUGGCGCUGCAAUUCCUUAUGUUUCAAAAUUACAAAACAAUCAUGAAUAUCUUCUAUUGGCUGGAUCCAAAGCUUAAAGAUUUUCACAUUAACAUGGAUAAGGAAUAUGGAGUCAAUUGUUCGGAUCUAUCAUUCGAACGAAUCAAAAGUCAUUUGGAUGUCUUUGCCUGGGGUCAUUUCUUGGGUUGGGCUUUCAAGGCAAUUCUCGUCCGACACAUGGGAAUUCUGUGGGCCAUAUCGAUUAUGUGGGAAAUUACCGAAAUCACCUUUGCUCAUUUGUUACCAAAUUUCAUUGAGUGCUGGUGGGAUGCUUUGAUAUUGGAUGUACUCGUUUGCAAUGGUUUGGGCAUCUGGGUGGGUUUGAAAAUUUGUAAAAUAUUGGAAAUGCGUGAGUACAAAUGGGCGAGCAUAAGGGACAUCUCGUCGACAAGUGGCAAGAUAAAGCGAGCUGUGUUGCAAUUCACUCCAGAGAGUUGGACGAGCAUUCGUUGGUUGGACCCCAAUUCGACGUACAUGAGGUUUGCUGCAGUUUGUCAACUUGUUAUAUUCUGGCAGGUUACAGAACUUAAUACCUUCUUUUUGAAACAUAUUUUCGAAAUGCCCCCAGAUCACUAUAUUGUGAUUGGACGGUUAAUGUUCGUAGGAUUAUUCGUAGCGCCCUCUGUGAGGCAAUACUACACAUACGCAACAGAUACUCGUUGUAAGCGAGUAGGUACUCAAUGUUGGGUAUAUGGUGCCAUAAUGGUCUCGGAGGCAAUUCUUUGCAUUAAGAAUGGGCGAGAACUAUUCGAAAGAACACAAGCAACAAAUAUAAUUAUUUGGCUGUCAAUACAAGUCUUUAUUUCAGUUGGAUUUGUUUAUGGAUGUGUUCUAUGGCAGAAAACAACUGCAAAAAAUAAAAAACAAAAUUCUCCAACAAAGAAGGCAAAUGUAGAGUUCAUAGAUUCUGCUGUCUUGAGGGGAGAUUCAAAAGGCAAAAUAUCACCAAAGAGCUCACCAAAAAAGAAUGAAUGAAAUCAAAAUAUACAACAACAGAUGGAAGCUGUUUUAUUUUAAUGCAUUUACAAAAAUAUCAAAAAAAGAUAUUUAAAAAGAAUGUUUAAACAAAUGCUCAAAAAAUAAGAACCAACAAAACAAAAAACCAUCUAUCAGGAGUCAUGUUGAACAAAACAAAUAAAACAACAAACCAUUUUGAAUGACAAAACAAAACAAAACAAACAGACAGAAAAGAGACUAUUUAGCAUUAAAGUCAUUAGAAAAUGUAAGAAAAAUCAGACUACAAAAUAUAUUUUCGAAAUUAUGCAAGAA